AUGAGAGACCGGAGUGAGUCUGACGUGAGAGACCAGAGUGAGUCCGACGUGAGAGACCAGAGUGAGUCCGACGUGAGAGACCGGAGUGAGUCUGACGUGAGAGACCAGAGUGAGUCCGACGUGAGGGACCAGAGUGAGUCCGACGUAAGAGACCAGAGUGAGUCCGACGUGAGAGACCAGAGUGAGUCCGACGUGAGAGACCAGAGUAAGUCGGGAGUGAGUCCGACAGUGAGUCGGAGUGAGUCCGACGUGAGAGACCGGAGUGAGUCUGACGUGAGAGACCAGAGUGAGUCCGACGUGAGAGACCAGAUUGAGUCCAACGUGAGAGACCGGAGUGAGUCCGACGUGAGAGACCGGAGUGAGUCCGACGUGAGAGACCGGAGUGAGUCCGACGUGAGAGACCGGAGUGAGUCUAACGUGAGAGACCAGAGUGAGUCUAACGUGAGAGACCAGAGUGAAUCCGACGUGAGAGACCAGAGUGAGUCCGACGUGAGAGAGCAGAGUGACUCCGACUUGAGAGACCGGAGUGAGUCUGAAAUGAGAGACCUGCGUGAGUCCGACAUGAGAGACCAGAGUGAGUCCGACGUGAGAGACCGGAGUGAGUCUGAAAUGAGAGACCUGCGUGAGUCCGACAUGAGAGACCAGAGUGACUCCGACGUGAGAGACCAGAGUCAGUCCGACGUGAGAGACCAGAGUGAGUCCGACGAGAGAGACCAGAGUGAGUCCGACGUGAGAGACCGGAGUGAGUCUGAAAUGAGAGACCUGCGUGAGUCCGACAUGAGAGACCAGAGUGACUCCGACGUGAGAGACCAGAGUGAGUCCGACGUGAGAGACCAGAGUGAGUCCGACGAGAAAGACCAGAGUGAGUCCGACGAGAAAGACCAGAGUGAGUCCGACGUGAGAGACCGGAGUGAGUCGGAGUGA